UGACUCCAAAACACAUAACAGCCCGAAGAGGAAACGAACUCUUUGUUUCCUUAACUGUGUUCGAAUAAUUCAGACAUGGCUACUUCUUGUGACAAGAGCUUCUGCAGUAAUUACUUGCUACUGAAUCUAGAGGAAGUUGGUCUCGUUGAUCUCUUCCGCUUACUCUUCUCCGCCAGCUUAGAGCACAGGAAGUUCGUAGAUUCCUCCGCGUCUAUAGAGCAGAUUUUCUACCGGCGAUGGAUUAUCUUCAUGUCCAUCGUCGUGCAGAAGCUCCUUCUCUCAGUGGCCAAACCCUUGGCAUGGGUUGGAUCCACGAUUGAGCUGUGGCUCAACCUCGUGAGGAUCAAUGGCGGGAGUGUCGGAUCGCUUCUCUUGAACUUCAUUCGAGGGAAAAAGGUGGUAAAGCCGGACAAAGCAUCAGCAGAAUUUGUGUCGCUCAUUGGGAAUAUUGAUGGAAGAGUGGAUUUCGAUAGCAACAUUCGGCCAGGAGAUGAGAGAUACCACGCACAGCUCGCCAUGAUGUCCUCCAAAGCCUCCUACGAGAACGAAGCUUGCAUUAAAUCCACAGUUACCGAUCAUUGGAAGAUGGAGUUCUUGGGCUUCUACGAUUUCUGGAAUGAGUAUCAGGAAAAAGCGACGACACAAGCCUUCAUGCUAUGCGACAAGGACCUCGACAGCGACACAAUCGUUGUAGCCUUCAGAGGCACUGAGCCAUUCGACUCGGAAGCGUGGUGCACAGACUUUGACAUAUCCUGGUAUGAGCUCCCCGGUUUGGGAACGCUGCAUGGCGGAUUUAUGAAAGCCCUAGGACUACAGAGGAGCUCGGGCUGGCCGAAAGAACUCACAUCUGGCUCCAACAAUGCCAAAGGCAACAGUAACCAUUAUUUUCACCCGCCUACGGCAUACUACUUCAUCCGGGAAAAGCUGAGGGCACUUCUGCACGAGGACAGUCGGUCCAGGUACAUUGUCACCGGGCACAGCCUGGGUGGGGCGCUGGCGAUUCUCUUCCCAGCGAUCCUGGCACUGCACGAAGAGAAGGAGCUGCUCGAUAGGCUCGAGGGGGUCUACACGUUCGGACAGCCUAGGGUUGGGGACAGAGAGUUUGGGAAAUUCAUGCAGAAGGUUGUGAGCGAUCACCACAUUGCGUACCAUAGGUUGGUGUACUGCAAUGACGUGGUGCCUAGGCUGCCAUAUGACGAUACCACCUUCUUGUUUAAGCACUUCGGGAAAUGCCGCUACUAUGAUCGCCACUAUGACGAACGGAUUCUGCAGGAUCAACCAAACAAGAACUAUUUCUCCCUGAGGAGUGUCAUCCCAAUGACUCUGAAUGCAAUGCACGAGCUCGUGAGAAGCUUCACAAUUGCGUCUAUCGAAGGGCCAGAUUACAGAGAGGGUACACUGAUGAGAAUCCUGAGGGUGAUUGGACUGCUAGUGCCCGGCAUACCUGCCCAUUGCCCUGUGGAUUACGUUAAUUCGAUCCGAUUAAGUCAAGCCUACGGAGAUGUGACGGUCAAAGAAAAGGAUGCCUAGUCCAUGGAAUUAGCGAAACUCACCAAAACCUCCCGUUUGGUGUUCAGAACACUACCUACUGCGAUUGUGUUUUAGAUUUGUAUCAAACUACCGAUGCAAUCAUAUCUUACGGAAUAUCAAACUUAAACAUCUUGGGAUUAUUGACUAUUCUGUAUGAAGUUUCAAAUAAUUGUGUUAUUUAUGGAAUAUCAAUGAUAAGCACUCUAUAUAUGUAUGGACCUUA